AGGUUGCUAUGUGCAUUUAAUGGAUAUAUUUUUAUUUCCUUCUAAAAGUACCAACAUUUUCAAUGUAACUUUUGCAAUUCUUGUUCCUUUGAUACUCUCAGUCCUGAUCCACUUUCUUAUUGUUGCCAGAUAACUUGGUCAAUAUUUUAUCAGUUAUUGCUUCAUACACGGACAUAAAGCGUGAUUGAAUUUAAAUAGAAUUAAAGAGUGAUAAACAUCGUGGAGUUCCCGAGAAUAUAAUGACCUAAGUUUUAUUCAGAAACAAUAAUGUGAUACUUAAUUUUCUUCUUAAUUGUCUUUUAUGACUCUGCUCUGCACGAGUCAUUUUAUUUUCAUCCACUGUUUAUAUAAAAAAAAAGUGUUUUUGUUUUUUAAUUUUUGGUGGCAUUUUUUUUUUUUCCUUAAAAUAAUUCUCGGCAUAAUUUUUCGGUUUUGUGUUUAUCUUCGUGUGCUUCUUUAUGAAAAAGACGAUUUCUAUUUUCGAUUAAAAAAAAAAUUGCAUCGAAACAACGCACGUUGAAUACAAAAACCAUAAUCAAAACGAAGACAAUGACAGAUAUUAUAGACCAUCGAGAUGUACGAGAAUCACUGUCGAGCCCAUUGAAAUCAUUUGAUAAUAAUCAACACGUCAAUUCAUUAAUAACACAACAAUCACAAUUAAAUACCGACGAGGUGGAUAACGUAGACUAUCAUUUUGAAGCGGUGAGAUUGCAGAGUUAUGAAAACUGGCCGUUAAAUUAUAUGGAUCCAGCGAAAUUGGCCGCUGCUGGAUUUUAUUACACGGGCGAAAGUGAUAAAGUGAAAUGUUUCGAGUGUCAUGUGGAAAUUCGUCAAUGGUUAGAAAAUGAUGAUCCAAUGAUUGAUCAUCAACGUUGGUCGGGACGUUGUAGAUUCAUAAGAAAAAUUCCAUGUGGUAAUGUACCAAUUGGAGUUGAUCCCGAAUCAAUACCAGCGCCAAGACCAAGAAGUCAUGAUGUUUGCGGACCAUAUGGAGUUGAAAUACGUUCUGGCUCGGGACCCGAUUGUUCAUCAACAUCAAAUGCAAAUUUACCAAGUUCAGCGAAACUUGGUAUCUAUGGAAUUGGUCGUUCCAAGGGACCCGUUCACACUGAAUAUGCAAGUUACGAUGCAAGAUUACGAACAUUUGAAUCAUGGCCAAAAUGCAUGCGACAAACGAAAGAACAAUUAGCGGAUGCUGGAUUUUAUUAUACGGGCAAAGGUGAUCAAACACUUUGCUAUCAUUGUGGUGGUGGUUUAAAGGAUUGGGAACCAGAGGACGAUCCUUGGGAGCAACAUGCAAAAUGGUUCUCCAAAUGUAUAUACCUAUUCUUGGUCAAGGGUCAAGAUUAUAUUAACAACAUCACGGGUCAACAUUUGACACCUCCUUCGAAAGAGGAAACAAUGUUAAUGGAUCUACCGAGUUGUAUUCAAAAGGUCCACGAUACAAUCACCGAGAAGGAAAAAGAUUUCGUUGGUACGAGUAAAAACGAAUUGAAUCAACCCGAAAAGGAAUGUUCAAAUUCGAUAAUAAAAGAUAAAGAACAAGUACGAGUUGAUGAUGCGAGAAUGUGCAAAAUUUGUUACAGUGAAGAAUUGGGUGUAGUAUUUCUGCCCUGCGGUCACAUUGUGGCUUGUGUUAAAUGUGCUCCGGGUAUGACUGUGUGUGCCGUUUGUCGAAAACCUGUUACUAUGAAUGUUCGUGCAUUUUUCUCAUAGUAUUUUUUCCUGGACAAUUUAUCAAUUUAUUUCACUAACUGGUAUAAUUGUUUAGGAAACAAAAAAAAAAACAUACAUACUUCAUUGUAUAUACCAGUUUCAUGCAUUAAAAAAAAACACACACACACAUACACACUCAAAAAACCAAAAUGUUAUAAAAAAAAUUUUUAUUUCAAUUUGAAAAAAUUUAAAAAAGUUAGACAGGUUUUUUAAAACCAUAGGUUUUUAAUUUAAAGUAUUUUAAAUAUCACAGCCUUCGAAAUAUUAUAUUUUUAUUUUUCUAUAUUAAAAAUUAACCCUUUCAUAUUGUGGAUUUUUUUAUUUCUCAAAAAGAAAAAGAUAUAUAUAUUUUUAAUAAGCUUGCUAAUCAUCGUUGUUUGGAUUGAUGUGUGUUCAUAUUCUAUAUAUAUAAAUAUAAAUAUAUUAUCAAAAAGCAAGCUUUAUUGUUUGAACAUCUUUCAUACCUAAUUAGUAUUAAUUAUUCUUUUUGUAUUUUAUUGUAAGAAAAAUCAAAUUUUUUUGUUUCUUUUAACGUGAAAACGACAUUUUUUUGUUUUGUAAAAAAAAAGAAAGAAGGCCAAACAAUAUAUUUAACGGUAUUUAUAAAACUUACAAUUACACGAAAAAAAUGAGCUUUUUAUUCUGUAACAGGAUCGAAUUUUACAAGUCGCUUAAAUAAUGACAUUUUUUUUAAAGAAUAUUAAUUUUAUGAUUGUAAUUUAUUUACAUGUGCUCAAAAAAAAAAAUAUUAUUACUUAAUUCUCAAAAAAACAUUUGUCACAUUCAAAAAGUUUUGUAAAAAAAAAAGUUACAAAACUUUAAAUUCGAUCCUGGAUUCUGUAAAUUGUAGUCUAUAAGAAUACCGAAAGGGUUAAUUGACACUUUAAAUGUGUAUAAAAAAAAAAAAAAGAAAAAAAAAAUUAAAACUUCUACAAGUGUACUUAAACACAAGGUUUAAGUGUUUUCUCUUCUUCAAUUUACAAUUUUUUCUCUCUUCAUUCAAAGUAAUAGAACACCUAACAAGUAAACAUCACCUCUCAGUGCAGUUUAACAAAUAUUAUGUAAAAAAAAAACUUAAGUAGGGUUGAAUUCUGUUAAUCACAUUUUACAUUUAAAUAUCUUCUUUUUUCAAUGCUUGAUAAAAGCAAUAAAUUUUUGUAGGAAAAAAAAAAUUUAAUUAUCACGAAAAAUUAGUAAUAAAUGUAACUAUUAAUAAAAUUUUUUCUCAAUGAGA